AUGAAGUUCCUCUCGCUGCUGACGACGCUCCUGCUGCCGCUGACGGCCUUGGCCGCCAAAAAGCCGUCGGUCGACCGCUUCCAGAAAUACCGCGCGCAAUCCACGCCCUUGAAGCUCGACGAUGCUCUGUACAAUGAAUUGACGACGGCGCCGCGCGACUAUGGCUUCGCCGUGCUGCUGACGGCCCUCGAGCCGCGCUUCGGCUGCAAAAUGUGCCAGGAAUUCCAGGACGAGUGGAGCAUACUGUCCAAGAGCUGGACCAAGGGCGACGUCAAUGCCGAGAACAAGCUGCUGUUUGGCACGCUGGACUUUAUGGACGGAAAGGCUACGUUUGCGUCGCUCAUGCUGCAAACCGCUCCCGUCCUGCUGCUGUUCAACCCCACCGUCGGCCCCAAUGCGCAAGUAGACAUCAAGCCCAAGCGCUUCGACUUCGUCACCGGGCCGCAAUCAGCAGAGAGCGUGCACGCGUGGAUCGCGCGGCACAUGCCCGAGGGGCCGCACCCGCCGGUGCACCGGCCCAUCAACUGGAUCCGCGUCAUCUCGCUGACGACGGCGGUGCUGGGCGGCGUCACGUUCCUGGCCGUCGCGGCGCCGUACCUGCUGCCCGUGAUCCAGAACCGCAACCUCUGGGCCGCCGUCAGCUUGAUUGCCGUGCUGCUCUUCACCAGCGGCCACAUGUUCAACCAUAUCCGCAAGGUGCCCUACGUCGCCGGCGACGGCCACGGCGGCCUCUCGUACUUUGCUGGCGGGUUUCAGAACCAGUUCGGCAUGGAGACGCAGAUUGUUGCUGCUAUGUACGGCAUCCUUUCUUUCGCAGCCAUCUCCCUGGCCCUGAAGGUCCCGCGCAUCGCGAACCCCAAGGCCCAGCAGACGGCCGUCGUCGUCUGGAGCGGCAUCCUCUUCCUGAUGUACAGCUUCCUGCUCAGCGUCUUCCGGAUCAAGAACGGCAGCUACCCCUUCCGCCUGCCGCCCUUUUAA